AUCUGUUGCUGGUACCGUAGGACGGGUAGUCUUAGACCCGCGACAUAGUCGAAGGUUAGUAAACGAAAAGAGCGGCCUAAUUGUCGCUCUGACUCUGACUGCACUUUUUCAGGCUUAUUCCUGACGGCUGGCUGCUACCUCUUUCAUCCAGAUUCUCCAUGCAUGCCGUCUCCAUCCGUCUGUUCAUGCUUUGCGGUUCGUACGGCACUAGUGGCGCUCUUUCGACCAGUCAGGCGAAUAUUGAAGGGGGUGGUAUAGAAGAAUAGAGGAGGGGGGUCAGAUAAACCACCUUACCGUCAACCUGGUUCGCGGCGCAGGACAAUAGAGCGCGGACCCUGCGAGGCGCAUGACACACUAGCGAGGGCACGACCGGCUCUCCCACUGGGGCACGCGGUGCCGGCGGGGCACCGCCGCUAGCCAUGGCCCUGGACGCGUCCACGCUGCACCCGCCACAGCGGCCGUCCUUCAGCUCUCGCCUGGCGCGCCUGCGGGAGCUCAAGGUGAAGGUCCAGGUCGUCGCCGCCGCUGCCGCUGCCGCCUCCGCCGCCGCGCCACUGGCGGCUGCGACUGCGGCUGUUACUGCGACUGCGGCGGUGCCGCCUGCGCCAGCGACAGUGUCGUCAACGACCCAAUUAGCUUCCGCUUCGGUAACUUCUGCCAGCGGUGCUCCAGGCGCAAGCAGACCACCUACUGUUGCUCUGCUGGGCGACGGGGGGGAACACGCCACUGCGACUUCUCCUGUCGCUGCGGUUCUGAGAGGAGGCGCAACUUCGUCAGCGUCGACAACGUCGACAGCGUCGGCGGUUGUCGCAGUGUCGUCAGCGUCGGCGACUGUCGCAGCGGCAGCAGGUUCGGGGCAGGCGAGAAGCGGAGAUGUCGCCGGUUCUGGUGCUGGCGCCCCCCGUGUUGCGCCGGCCGAAGCCAGCGCGAGCAGCGGCGGUGGAUACAGAGGCAUCGGUUGCGACAGGAACGAUUCUAGUAGUAGCCGCGAUGGAUGGAGUCGUAAGAGUGUAGGCCUCGGUAUUUUGCUGGCGGAUUGUCGCCGUGAUGAGCUCGGCAAAAGCACUUCUCCGCGUGAACAUCCCCCGGCGGCGGCGUCCGAGUCUCCCACUGCCACAGCUUCCACCUCCUAUGUCGCUGCUCCGAUAACUCUCCUUCCAUCGGCCCCCGCCGGCAAUUCAGCUUCCUCCACCCCCGCAUGUCCCCCUUCUCUAGCAGUACGCCAUCUUCGUGAUCCAGCCCCAUCACUGCCCACUUGUAGUGGCACUCCGAGUGCUCUUCCACCGCACCAGCAGUCGCCACCGCCGCUGCUGGUAGUGACAGCUCCUUCCACCUUCUCCUCCUUUCCGUUCGCACCGGGAAGCUGCCUCAAGUCACCAGACAGUCUCCCUGCCACCGCUAAGCACGCUCAUUCGCGUCACCUCGCAAUACAGCCGGCCUUAAAGCGGGACGUUCAGGGUGACAGCACCGCUACUAGAGUGACGGUACUACGCGCGGCGGGUAGCACGGUGAGCUGGGUGAACCCAAUGUUCGGAUCGCCAGCGGAGGAGGGGAUGGCGGAGAGCGCGAAACAUCCGCUUCCUGAGGAUUCUCCUGAGGAGCGGGGGAUAGAGGCGGCAGGCAUCAUAGAUGAGGCGAUCGCGGACAGGGGGAGAAGAGGAGAGGAUGGGAGGCAGGCAGUGGAGCAGGAUGGGAAGGAGGAUGGAGGGGAGAAUUGGGGGAAGGGUGCGGGGAUUGCAAGGCCUGCAACACGGAAGGCGGACGAAGGCGAGGAAGAGGUGGAGAACGAGACGGAGGAGGCUGAAGCGUGGAAGCAGGAGGAGGAGGAGGAGGAGGAGGAGGAGGAGGAGGAGGAAGAGGAGGAGGAGGAGAGGGGGUCGUGGCUGGUGGAGAGGUGUGACGCGAGGAAAGGGCUGGUGGGCGCACAGGGGGUAGACGACGCGCACGAAGCGGACCAUGCGCAAGAGGCGGUAGACUCGCCAAAGGCGGCGGCAGAUGCGCAAGCGGCUUCUGGAGACCGGGUUGUCGGGGAGGUAAGCGUGGGUGAAGCCUCGGAGAGAGGAGAGGGUGGAGCGAUCGGCGAGGAGGCGGCGGAGAGAGCGGGCCGGCACGGGGGAUGCAAGGCGGAGGAUCACGGUGCGACUGAUCACGUGCGUGAGGGGCAGCAGAGCGACAGCAGCGUGGGUGAGCUAGUACUACUGGUAGUACAAGAGCCCCAGCUGUCGCGUCUGCCUGAACCAGGAGGUGGGCAGGACGGGGCAGCACGGAAGGAAGUGGUGGUAGUAGUAGCAACUGAUAGUGGGCUAGAGCCUGGGAAGGGGCGUGGAGGGAACGAAUACGCGGGAGGCGAGAGGGCGGUGAGGUCAAACGUUGCUAUAAGCGCCAGCAGCGUUGGUGGUGUUAGCCCGACACUAGAGCUCCGGAGUGGACGGGACGGCAUGGGGAAAGGAGACGGGGAGGUCGUGGAAGUCGUGGAAGUCAAGGAGGGAAAGUGGGAGAGGCAAGGCGGGGGAGAGGAAGGAGACCGUCUCGAUCUGUUGGGGCGCUCGGACGAUGCAGAUCAUGCUGCUCAAGACACUCUACCAGUAGAAGUAGCAUCCAGUACCAACACUACGACUACCACGCCUUUCACCUUCCCGUGCUUCCCCGCGACCCCCAUGCGGCUCCCCGAAGACGCCCCCCCCUUCCCUUCCGCCUCCCCUGUAGACUCCCUCUCCGCCCUGUCCGCGGCUUUCGCUUCCCGCGCCUCCCCCCCGCCUCCGCGCCUACUUUCCGCCGACGCGCGCGGCCGCGAUGUCGACGGGGAACGCUUGAGCGACUUUACCGCCACUGCAGAUGAUGCUCGUAGUGGUGCUGCUGCUAAUGCGGAGCGAGAGUUGCUUGCGGGGGGCCUUCGAUUGCCAAACGGAGGCGCAACAAGCGCCGCAAGAGAUGGCGCAAGCGGCGCAGAGGAUGGCGGAGGGGGGGGAGGGGGGAAGGCGGAGGGACUGGCGGGGGAACCAGCGAGGGGGUUGAGGGCGAGCGCGGAGUGGGGGAUUGCGGGGUGGUUCAGGGGAGCGGGGAACGUGCGGGAGUCUGCGGAUGGCGGGAGGGGUGUGAGGGGAAGCGCCGCGGAGGAGUGGGAAGCUGGGAGCCACGGGAUGUCGAGUGUGACGUCAUCAAUUGAGAGCAAUGCGGACGAGGAGGAGGAUGCGAUGGGGUCGGCCCACGUGCUGAUAGAGCCUGGGCUGGAUCUCGCCAGGCUGGACAUGGUCCCCCUUGACGUGGCGUCGUCUGCUGCUGACGUGGAGGACGAGGAGGAGGAGGAUGUUGAUGCUGGUGCUGGUGCUGGUGCUGGUGGGUGUUAUGGCGGUGAUGGUAGUGGGAAAUCCGGAGUUUAUAGUGGCGAUGGCCAUGGUGAUGCUCAAACAUGGCACCAUGGACACAGGCCUGGAUGUCAUGGGCCUGAUGACGGCACACGCAGUGGGGAGCUCGUUUCAGCAGCGGCGAUGCCUACUGUGGGAGGGCAAGACGAGGUGCGUGUGAUAGGGGGCAGUCGAGACGGCUCAGGCGACUGCUCCUCCUCCUCCGCUGCUGCUGCUGCUGCUAUGGAGAACCCUGCUGGUGCCCAGCUUGGGGAAUCCACUCAGCAGCAAUGUGCUCCUCAACACCAGUACGCUGCGAAUGUUGCUGUAGCGGCACGAGAGGCAGUGCCAUUGAUGCUGCUGCCGCCUCCACCUGCACCACCAGAGGCUACAUCACUACUGGUUGAGCCCGCGAUACCACCAGAAAUCACAGAGGCAGCAGCAGCGGCAGAAGCAGAGGCAGCUGCAUCAACAGCAGAAGAAGCAGUGGCAGCAGCAGCUGCAGCAGUGAAGCCAUCAUCAGCAGCAGCAGGGGCAGCAGCAGGCAUGAGCUCAAGUGAUGCCACAGCGUGCAUGGCAGAGUUUUGGGGAGUUGGAGGAGAGUUCCGGGAUCCGACUAGUGCCAAAUCGCCAGACUCAGAAGGAAGAUCGGUUUCAGGUGCAUGGGGAGGGAAAGGGGCUGCAGAUUCUGUUUCACAUGCUGGAUUUGAUGAGAAUGGAGGGGAAGUGGGAAAAGAGAGGGGAGAGGGAGUGGCUGGUUGUCACGGCUGCAUGAAUAUGGUUCCCUUCAACAGCAGCAGCAGCAGCAGUGCACUUGUCACUACUGCGAGGGGUCAGAGAGUUGCAAGUGCUGGUGGAUGGGCGGGUUCAGAGGUGGGGAGGGGAGAGGAGGAAGAAGGGAAGGCAGCAGCAGGGUCUGACACUCUGAGGGUGAUUCAAGCAGUGCUGGGCCUCAUGCAGGUGGGGGCAUCAUCAAAGACGAUGCUUGGAGAUGGGGGAAAGGAGGAGAAGCGGGAUGGUGAGGCGGAGAGCUGUAAGUGGUUGACCGUGGGGGGUAGCGAGGGCUGGCAAGAGGAUGUUGCAGAGGGGAAUGGAGGAAGGGGGGAUGAAUUGACGCAGGUAGAAUCGGGUUUGAUGCGAGAGACAGAGAGGAUAGAGGAGGAGGUGGACGGCAGAGGAGGAGAUGAGGAAGGGGAUAUGGAGGUGGUGAGAGACGGUGAUGAGAGAGGUGGAGAGAGGAGAAUGGUUCAUGAUGAGGCAGAUGAAGAUGAAGAUGGAGAGGAGGCAACAGAGGAAGAGAUGGAGUUUGAGAAGACUGAGGGGCAAGAGAAGGAAGAGGAGGACGAAUAUUAUGAGGAGGAUGAGGCUGAAGAGGAGGAAGAGGAGGAAGAGGAGGGAGAGGAGGAAGAGGAGGGAGAGGAGGGAGAGGAGGGAGAGGAGGGAGAGGAGGAAGAGCAGGGAGAGGAGGAAGAGGAGGAAGAGGAGGAAGAGGAAGAAGAGGAGGAGGUGGAGGAGGAGAGGGAAGAGGAGGAAGAGAAGGAGGAAGAGGAGGAAGAGGAGGAAGAGGAGGAAGAGGAGGAGGAAGAGGAGGAAGUAGAGGAGGAAGAGGACGAGGAGGACGAGGAGGAGGAAGAGGAGGAAGAGGAGGAAGAGGAGGAGGAGGAGGAAGAGGAGGAAGUAGUGGAGGAAAGGGACGAAGAGGAAGGUAAGGAGGAAGAGGAGGAAGGGGAGGAAGUAGAGGAGGAGGAAGAGGACGAGGAGGCAGAAGAGGUGAAGGAGGAGGAAGUGGAGGAAGAAGAGGAGGAAGAAGAGGUGGAGGGGGACGUAGAAGAGGAUGAGGAAGAAGAGGAGGAUAAAGAGGAGGAAAAAACGGUGAUGAGAAACAAAGGGAGCAUUGCGACAGAGAUUGUGGCGAAGGGUGAGAAGGAAGGGGGCACAGAGAAGGAGACAUGGAGGCAGCAGCGGAUUGCAGAGGAGGUUGAGAGGCUGAGGGCGAGGCUGAGGGAGAGAGAGAGGGAACUGGCAGUGGAGCGAGAGAGGCUGAGGCGAAAGGAGCAGGAGCUGGAACGAGAGAGGCAGGGAGGGAGGGAGGUGGCUGUCAUGGCGACAGAGGAGAAGAUAGAGAGGAGGAGAGAGAGGAGGGAGGUGGAAAAGAAGGCCAGUGAGGGUGAGGAAGGCAGUCAGGGAGUUGGGUUCCGGGAGGAGGAGCAGCAGGGGCGAGAGAGGAGGAGAGAACCAGAGCUGCCGCAGCAGCCAGAGCAGGAUUCAAAGAACGCCCUUGUUGCUGCCCACACAGAAGUAGCAGCAUCUGAGGAGGAAAGCGUUCAUCCAUCGUUAGAGGCAGGGCAAGAGUUGAAGGAGGCCAGCAGCAGGCUGGCAGAGGGCGAGAGUGGGACAGGAGUGGGGCGUGAUGAGGAGAGAGUCAGAGAAAGAGGAGGGAGUGGGAUUGUGGAGGUGGAAGAGAGAGAGGAGAGGAGUUGGGCGAUGGGGAAGGGGGUGGAGAGGAAGCAGUGGCUGCAGCGGGCGUCUUCGCUUUUGAGAACUCUGUGCUCUUCUCUCCAUUCCGAUCACCAUGGCAGGAAGGCACUCGUGCUGAAUGUGCAUGCUCCUUCUGCUGCUGAAGCUGCUGCUGCUAGGGACUCUGGCACUACGCGUGGCAGCACUAGAUUGGUCAGCAGCAGCUCUACCGGUGGCUCUUGUGCACCUGGUGGUGCUGUUGAUUGUGGUGCGAGAAGUGGACUCACUAGCGCCCUCCUCUUCUCCCGCACGUGCUCUGCUGACUCCUCUGGCUCCGCCUCCUCCCUCGCCCCUCUCGCUCCCUCCCUCUCUGCCAUCUCUGUUCCUUCACCCCCAUCCUCGCCUCCCCCCUCCUCCUCCACCUGCUCCUCCUCCCAUCCCUCCCCAUCUCCCAAGCUCUCAGCUCACUCCCACAACCUUGUUGAUCGUGUGGCAGCAAGAGGGCUGUCCAGCCCAGCACGUGAUGUGCCAGCAGCAGCAGCAGCAGCAGCAGCAGCAGAAGCGAGAGCAGUGAGAUCGUGUGGUCAUGGGGUGCACGGGUUCCCUCUCUUUGCCAUCCCUGACAUUCAGCUGGAGCCAAAGGAUGAUGAGGAAGAUAGAGGAGCUCUUGAGCACAAGUUCAACGAGACGAGCCCGAGUUCGCUUGUGGGCUGCCCGGUGGAGCAGCAGCAGCAGCAGCAAAGGCGUCGCACAACAGAUCAGGAGAAGGACGGGACGCAGGGAAGAGGCAUUUUGAUGAUGGCGGCUGAGGGGAGAAGGUGGCGAGGAGUGAUGAGUCCGUGGAAGCGACGAGGAGGAGGGGGAGGAGCGGGGGAUAGUGGCAGGGGGACGACCCUAGCUGUUGAAUCCGCCACUCCCCAGCAAAAGGCUCAGACCUCCAAGUUUACCGAUGUGGAUGAUGAUGCACCAUCGCCAUUGCCUAGUGGGCGACUGCUGCCUUCUCAGUCGUCCUUACCUGCGUUCCGCUUCCCUCGCUACCCUUCUCCGCAUCGUGUGUGGCCGGUUAGUAACAAUCCUACACCUGCUGCUGCCACCAGCAGCAACACCAAUGCCAGAGUUGCAACAACGAGCAGCAGCAGCAGAAGCAGCAGCAGCAGCAGCAGCAUGCAGUCUGGUUCUGUCAUCUCUGCUGCCAGUUUCCGCAGCAGCCGGAGUGGCAAUGGCAGCAGCAGCGGCAGAAGCACCACUUGGAGCGGCAGCGGUGGCGGUGUUGAGAGCAAGGUGGGCAGCCAGCAUGCAACGAAUGGUAGUGCUGGCUUCAAAGGUGACUGUCCCCAGGAUGGCAGCAGCAAGGGCAGUGCCAUGGGGCGUGGCAGGCCAUCAAAUCAAGGCGUGGCACGGUCAGCAUCGCCCAUCCGAGCCCUGUUCCCCAACGGCCUUUGGAAUGGCAGCCCUAGAAGACAGAGAGCAGUGGCAGCAGCAGGAGCCACUGCAGUCAUGAUCAGAGACUGUUGACACUGGUGAGCCAUGGUGGCAGAAAGAGAACUGCAGCAAUGGCCAUGCUUUGCAAUCUUGAUUGCUUAACUUGAGUUUAAAGUUCUUAGUAAAGGCGGAGCGAGAAUGGUACCUCGGGGCGUUGCCCGUAUAACCUAUCCAGUGGGACUGAAUAUAGUCAGAGGGCCUCGAAUGUAUGGGCGGUAGGUUGAGCAUCCAGUGUAACAUAACUUGUGGGAAGUCCACAUGGGUAGAGCAUCCCAUCCCAUCCGAUGU